AGCAAGCAACAAAGCAGGCAGCAGCGUAGUUCGCAAGAGAUCGUCGUCGUUUUCCUUCGUCACCUGGGGGAAAUUGAAAUUUCGGGUAGGUAAGUGUUCCGGGAUGUCCUCCCCUCGCGGAUUAACGGUGACCAACCAGUAGUGUACGCGAAAACCGUCGUAAACAGUCGUCGGAAGUGUAUGUAAUCCCGUCGCGUUUCAUUUGCUGUGGUUGCCUUUUGCAGGUCAGUAGUUUCCGUGCGUGCGUGUGAGAAGGAGAAGAGAGUGAAGUGGAAGAUUUCCAUCGAAGACAGACGAGACGACUGCCAGAUUCGAUGAGAACGUAAAAAUUGAAGGCAAAAGCAAAAAAGCUGUGCGAAGAAAGGAAAAACGGCUGUCACAAGAGUCAAGAAUCGGAAGGGAAGAGGCGGAAGAGCGCAGUAGUGUGUGAAGUUUCUUUAUCCGUCUCGGAGGCCCACCACUAACUAGCUGGCAGAGAGCAAGAGGAGCAGAACGAGGAAGGGUUCUCGAAUCAGCAGUAGCAGCCAGCAGAAGAAGAUUUUCAUCAGUGUUGUUCAAAAUGUCUGAGAAUCGCGAGGAGAUUCUAGCAAACUUUCAGAGUAUAACCGCUAUUGAAGAUGUUGCGGAGGCUAUAUACCAUUUAGAUGAAUGCAACUGGGAUCUACUAUCCGCCGUCCAUCGGGUACUGCCACAGGAUCCUCAGGAACAGCGAUCGUCGUCCGCUGGUGGCAGCGGAAACGGCGGUGGAGGUGGAGGCGGAGGAGGUAGCAGUAACCUCGGUAGCGGAGGAGGAGCAUUCGCCAGUUAUUCCAAUAAUCUAAAUAGUUUGGAAGCCACGGCAAACGUCGAGGAGCUGAUGACGGCUCCGUCAUCACCCGUCAAGAGUUCGGCCGGAGGAACGGCAGGCAGCAGCGCCGGCUCCAGCCACAGUCGGAACUUGGAUAUGGGAGCAUCUACAUCACGGUCUAGCAGCAGCAACGACUUCCGCAGUGCGCUCAACUAUUUGGACGUAACGCCGCAUGACGUAGUUUUUAGGAUUCACUUCAAUAAUGAUGUGCACAAGAUCACCGUUCCGAACACGGCCACGGUGGGCGAGUUGAAAGCCAAAAUUUGCGAAAAGACUGCCGUUCCGGUAUGUCGGCAAGCGUUGAAAGGAUGGGAACCGGGUAAACAGAAAGAAUUACAAAAUUCCUCGACGGUGCUCAAGUCGCUCAAUAUAGGCAAAGAGGUCAAUUUAGUCCUAUCCGACAUGACCGGAGAGGGUUUCAUGGCUGACGCUGACCCACUGUCGUCGCAAAACAGGCAAAACUACACGCUGCACAUCAACGUCCAACCGGAGGGUAACUUGCUGGAGCUUAAAUUCCCCGGCCAUCAGAACAUUCUGUCGAUCAAGACCGACGUCUACACGAUCACGGACAUUCCGGUGCGGCAUCAGCAAUGGUUCGGCUGGCCGAACAAUGUGACCAACAGUACGACGCUGGCUGAAUCCGGCGUCGAACGGGAGCACAAUCUGGUGCUAAAGCGGGCGGACGAGGGAGCCAAGAUCACCAACAACAACAAUGCGGCGGCCAAUACGGCCAGUGCCAGCACUAGCAGUAGCAGUAGGAAUGUUUACAACAACAGUGAUAGCAUGCCCAUCACAAUCGAUUCGGAGAGCAGCGAAGAAUUUGAGGACGCUUCGGACUUCAACAACGAUGACGAUAUUUUCACAGAAACUCCAAUCAACAGCCACUUGAAGCAUUUGAUUCCCGACAACGUAGACGACGAAGCGAUCGGCAGCAUACAGUUCGUGGAGAACUUUGUCGAACGGUACGGACCCCAGCAUCCGAUGUUCUUCCAGGGAAGUUUGGAAGAUGCCCUGAAGGAAGCAUGCCGUCCAUCUGCCCGGGAUCGUAAACUGUUGGCUGUCUAUCUUCAUCACGAUGGAAGUGUUUUGACGAACGUGUUCUGUGGCCAACUGUUGGCCUGUGAAAGUAUCAUCCAGAUGCUGUUGGACCACUUUGUGCUGUACGGGUGGGAUUUGACGUUCGAAAGCAAUAAAAACAUGUUUCUGUCCUCAAUAUCGGCUUGCGUUGGGAUGAGCGCUUCAAUAACGGUCCGAAACAUUCCGGCCGACCGGUUGCCAGCCAUUCUUGUGAUAGCGAAAAAUCGUAGCCAGUGCGAAGUUUUUCAGGUGAUUUCUGGUAAUGUCAGUGUCGAUGAUCUUCUGUCGCAACUGAUGGAAGCGUCCGACAUGUAUGCCGAGCAACUCAAGAUCGAACUGCGUGAAGAGAAUGAGCGGCUAGCGCGAGAGCAAGUAAAGCUCGAACAGGAUGCUGCAUAUCGAGAGAGUUUGGAAGCCGAUCGAGCCAAGCAGGAAGCCAAACGGCAGAAGGAGCUAAUGAUGCAGUCCGAGCGCCGCCGGCUGGAAUCCGAGCGGGCCGAUGCUGAAGCGAAGCGCGAAUUAAUCCGGGCCCAAGCACGGAUCACCGUUCCUCCCGAGCCGGAACAGACCACCGGCGAGAACAUAACGAAAAUUCGAAUAAGAACACCGGCCGGGACGAUGUUGGAGAGGCGCUUCACAACGGACACUCCGCUACGCAUUCUGCUGAACUACAUCACCGGCGAAGGGUUCCUAGUAGACGAGUUCAAGGUGAUCUCCAGCUGGCCGCGAAGAGAUCUCACAACGUUGGACUACGAGAACACCAUGAAGGAUCUGAAGCUCUACCCCCAGGAGACCCUGAUACUGGAGGAGCGAUGAUUCGGUCGUGUACACCGAGAGCGCCCCUUUGUAUCGCCAGAUCGUACACCCUACUACAGCAACAGCAACCGUACAAUGGUGGUAGAUUGAGGCAACGCGAUGCACGUUAGUAGUUUAUGUUCCCCAUCCUGUGCGCGCCUUCAGUCGCAUGCACAAUGCGAUGCGUUCUUAGUUUCUCUCAUUUUUUUUAUUCGAUUACGAUGAAAAAAAAGCAAAGGAAAGCAAGUCUUUUAAAUUUGGUUUUGUUUAUCCUUUGUUUUAUUCGCCGAUGUUUCGUUUUUAUUUUCAUGCAGUUCGUUUCUUCGGGAGAAAUCUCAAAAUUUGUCUCAUCUUGCGGCGAUAAAUACAAUCUUCGAGGAAGAGAAGAACCGGGCUUUGUUUGGAAUAUAGAGUUGUCUGCUGAAAUUUUGAUCAUCGUACUAGACGAACAAAGAGCUAUGAUUUUUUUUUAAACAGUGAAGAAAUGCUUGAAGCAAGUUACUUGAAAUUGCAUUAGGGAGGGAAAUAAUUGGAAUGUGUAUUAUAGAAGCAGGUAUGCCAAUACAAAAUGUGGACGGAAGCAGAAAAAGAAGUAAGAAAUAAACAACGUAAUCCUCAAAA